AGGUCAGUGAACAAUUUCCUGAUGACUGGUCCAAAGGCUUACCUCAUCUACUCCAGCAGCGUGGCAGCGGGUGCCCAGAGUGGUAUUGAAGAAUGCAAAUACCAGUUUGCCUGGGACCGCUGGAACUGCCCUGAGAGAGCCCUGCAGCUGUCCAGCCAUGGCGGCCUUCGCAGUGCUAAUCGGGAGACAGCAUUUGUACAUGCCAUCAGUUCUGCUGGAGUCAUGUACACCCUGACUAGAAACUGUAGCCUUGGAGAUUUUGAUAACUGUGGCUGUGAUGACUCCCGCAAUGGGCAACUGGGGGGCCAAGGCUGGCUGUGGGGAGGCUGCAGUGACAACGUGGGCUUUGGAGAGGCGAUUUCCAAGCAGUUCGUUGAUGCCCUCGAGACAGGACAGGAUGCCCGGGCAGCCAUGAACCUGCACAACAACGAGGCCGGCCGCAAGGCGGUGAAGGGCACCAUGAAACGCACGUGCAAGUGCCACGGCGUGUCUGGCAGCUGCACCACGCAGACCUGCUGGCUGCAGCUGCCCGAGUUUCGCGAGGUGGGCGCGCACCUGAAGGAGAAGUACCACGCAGCGCUCAAGGUGGACCUGCUGCAGGGGGCUGGCAAUAGCGCGGCCGGCCGCGGCGCCAUCGCCGACACCUUCCGCUCCAUCUCCACCCGGGAGCUGGUGCACCUGGAGGACUCCCCGGACUACUGCCUGGAGAACAAAACGCUGGGGCUGCUGGGCACCGAAGGCCGAGAGUGCCUGCGCCGCGGAAGGGCCCUGGGCCGCUGGGAGCGCCGCAGCUGCCGCCGGCUCUGCGGGGACUGCGGGCUGGCGGUGGAGGAGCGUCGCGCCGAGACCGUGUCCAGCUGCAACUGCAAGUUCCACUGGUGCUGCGCUGUCCGCUGCGAGCAGUGCCGCCGGCGGGUCACCAAGUACUUCUGUAGCCGCGCGGAGCGGCCGCGGGGAGGCACUGCGCACAAACCCGGGAGAAAACCCUAAGGGUCUCCUCUCACGCCUCCUUUUCCCGUUUGUCCUUGGCUUCUUUUAGAGACCCCAGUAACAGAGGAACCUAGGGAAUGGGGAUCCUGCACUCUC